GUCGAAGACUGAAUGCGGUGUUGCUUGCAGGGUCUUGGUUACUCCUUCGUGACAGUUUGGAUGGGCUGUGACAGUUGAGAGAGUACUUAAAGAGCUGGAUGAACUGUUCGAGUAAGCCAGCACUCACCAAAAAAAACCCAACCAACCAACCAAAAAACCCAGCAUGAUCAAACCACACCAGGAGAGAACCACCUCAACCUCAUCAAACUCAUCAAACUCAUCAACCUCAACCGACCUACUCCAACUAUCCUCAUCAGCCAGCUCAACAUCAUCAUCAUCCUCAUCAUCCAGCUCAUCAUCAUCAUCCGAAUCUCAACUCAAAUCAAUCACCUUCUCAACCGCCAGACUAUUAUCCUAUAACCAAGCUCAACCAAUCAACUCAGCUAUCAUUCCUAACUCACCCUCAGAUAAACAACAUCCUCAAUCAACACCACCAGCACUCAACUACAACCAGAACUACUCACUCAGCCAACCACAACUAUCAACCACCAGGCAACAACAACAACAACAACAACAACCAGCAGAAUGCUCGACCAGCCAGCCACAAGACCCUCUCAUAGGCACAACCAUCAUCUCUCCUAAUCGAACCCAUUACUACCUCAAUCGGAUCCUAGGUCAAGGCAGCUUCUCCAAAGUCAUCCAAGCUCAUCCACUCAACCAACCCAACCACUCAGUCGCACUCAAACUCAUCCGAAUCACAACUCCCACCAACUCAAUCCCAAAUAACACACCCCUGCAGCAUCACCAUCUCAUCACUCAGGAUCAAAUGCCUACCGACGAAACCGAGAAUAUUCGAAUGAGCACACUCAGAGAAAUCGAAAUCUUGAAGUCAAUCGAUCACCCCACCAUCAUCAAACUAAUCGAAACCUUUACAAUCACUAACGACUCUACCAACCUGAUCAAGAAAAACUCAUCAUUACAGAUCAUCGUCCUAGAAGAACUUAGAGGAGGCGAACUCUUCGAGCUCGUUUCGAGAUCCAAGUCGACCCUGAGACCGUUGAUCAUCUGUAGAUUGAUGGCCGAACUAUGCAUCUCGAUACACUGGUUACAUCAGCACGAUAUCGUGCACAGGGAUCUUAAACUUGAAAAUAUCCUACUAGUCAGAGAAAUCAAAAACAUCCAAGAAGAAGAAACAGAGAUGCUGACGAACCCGAACGUCUACCUCAAAGUGACCGACUUUGGCUUAUCGGUCAAACUGAGCAAGAGUGAGGAUCCAAAGCACUCGACCGAGAGUGGGAAGAAGUUCUUACAGAGCAGAUGUGGCUCCGAGGAGUAUGCGGCCCCGGAGAUCAUCCUAGGCCGGGAGUACGAUGGGACGAAGACGGACGGGUGGGCCUUGGGGGUGAUUGGCUACAGCCUCGUCAUGGGCUUCCUACCAUUCAAACUCCCUCAACGCAAGGAACCCGGGGCGGAGGAAGACUCGCAACGGACCAGUCUGGCUCACUCCAACGAGCUCCCAGAGGACGAUAGCGAACAGGCUUAUCUCAAGAAACGUAAACAAGGCUUGCUCAAGAUCAUCAAAUCCGAAUACCGUUGGAAACCAAACCACUCCACCACCCAUCAUCAUCACCAUCAGCAUCAGCAACCACAUCACCAUCCUACUCAGAACCAGAUAGUCGCUGAUGACCAUCAACUGGUGCAAGGUCAGAUCCAACUAGUCGAUCGGCUCUUGGUCCGCGACCCUCUCAAACGAUCCAACGAUCUCCUCUAUGGCUUCCGAGAUCCGGCUUGGCUGGGUCAGUUUAACUGGCUGAAAGACUGCCUCCUCACUUCUUCUUCUUCUUAAUCCUUUUAAUCUGUUAAUAUCUUCUUGCAAACUUUAUAAUCUUUUCUCUUUAUCUCUCUCUCUAUCUCUCUAUCUCUUUUUGUAAAGUGCCCAUUCGAUUUCCUUGGUUCCGUCUCUGUCUCCAUUUUUUUCCCUUCUUCCCCUCUUAAUAAUGAUCAUUUUAUUUUCCGAG